CAGUGCGCGUCACUUGGACUGAAUAAUAUAUAUAGACCAAUCUCUCUCAGUCAAGAAUUGUAACGAAAAUAUAUAAAAAAUGUUAUUUAAAUGUGUGAUUGGUGUUUGGAUGAUAACAAUUGCGGUGAAAUCUGUACGCUGCGAUGAUAUCGCUCAAAAUGAAAUUCAAGAUUCAAAUUAUGGAGGUGAUCAAUAUGGAAAUCGACAAGAAAUUGAGAAUGUGCCGGGGAAUGGACCAAACGACGCACCCAUCGUGUACGGACCACAACCACCAUCUGGAAGCUGGUUUGAUUCAGCACGAAAUGCAUUAAAUGGACCCACAGGACAAAUUGUCGUUUCUAUGGCCAGGGAAAUGAUAUCCCGUUCGACUGGAAAUAGUCAGAUUUUAAGUUUAAAUUUGACGAAUCUGUUGAUUUUGGUGAUGUUGAAGGCAUUAAUUUUUGCUGCCGGUCUUAUUGGAGCGGGCAAUUGGGGUGGUCAAUAUGCAAGGGCACGUGCAUUGGAUUCUUCCUUCAUACGAACAGACGAGGCGCCGCUAUUCAUUGGCUAUUUAGCAUUGGAGGGUUCGGGUCAAGAUGGAUGUUUGAAUCAAGCGGCUUGCAAAUCGCCGGACAUUGCACGAGAGUAUAUGAAAGCUGCAAUGGCUGUUAUCAAAGGCUCGGAAAUGUUUGAUCAACAUUUUUUCAAUACAACCAGACUUUAUUCAUACACACUGAAUCAAAUGGAGCAUUCAAUUCAACGUGGAAUAGACGGUGAUGACUGUGAUUUGAUUUAUCAUUGUCACCUGUAACUCAAUUUCUCAUUUCCUCUCCACUUGGGAUUUGCUAGAGGAAUAUUGCACUGAUUAAAAUUGUCAAUUUAUUUCGUCUUUGUUACAUUUUUUUAGUCA